AUGGCAAAACUACCUCCAACCGCUUGCAGCAACAAUCCCUUGCGUCCAGUUGCUUCAGCAUACAACCACUUGCUGGGUUGUUAUUAUGUAGUGGUUGAUGUCAAGCACGCGGAGAUCCAUUUCACAGUCAAUGAAUAUCUGGACCAUACCGUGUCAACCAAGCCGGUGAUUUACACGUCUCCUAACAAAAUCUAUUUGACCCACACCUUAGUUAUGCAGGACUUGGACCUUAUCGUUCCGUUGCGUGAUGAUCCUCUCAAAGCUUUGCUAUUGGAAUUUAAUCUUCAUCACACGUUGUUUCUCUCGAAUCUACCAGAUCACAUUGCCGCUUGA